GCGGCGCAGUGCGAGCUGUGACGGUGCCUGGAUGUCGGAGGGAACGCGAGCGCGAGCGCGGGGUGACAGGGACGCGCGGGCAGAUCAACAUUAAAAGAUUUUGAAGGAAAUUGAUGUUUCCAGGCUGAUCUACAGUAGAACGUUCUCAUGGAUGAAGGAGAAUUGGUUAAGGUUGAAGUGGAAACAGCUGACAAUAUCUGUAAUGAGUGUGUGGGAAAUUCCACCUCAGUAACUUCAGAUGAAAAUAAAAAUCAGAUUUGUGAAGCACAGUUAGUGUCAUCAUCCACUGAUGAAAUAAUGGGAGGCCAGGAGCAGGAUUUAAUCAAUAACAAUGAAGAAGACUGUGAAAGAACUGACUUUGAGAUUACACAAACAGACUGCAUGGAGGCAGAUUGUAAUGUUAAGACCGAGGUUUUGAACGGCAUCACUAGCUCGAACACCAAACCGUCAGUGGAGAAAGAAAUGACGUGUGAUUCAGAUACACCCAUCAUAUUAAAAACCAUCCCUGCAGAUGGUAUAUCCAAAUCUCCGAGCAUUGCCACCUGCAAGGGAAGUGAUGAGUUGGAAGUAAAUUGUCAGCAAGUUGACAAGGAAGAACUCCUACAGGCUCUACUCAACUGCAUCCAGAAAGCUACAGAGUUAAACGAUUGCAGUACGCUGCCGUACCUCCUUCAUCAGACCGCUGAAAUCUAUUUUGAUGAAGAAGAAUAUGAGAAAGCGAUAGAAUUUAUUCAGCUGGAGAAACUGUAUCAUCAAAAAUUGCUGACAAAUCUUGCUGCCAUUCAGGAGCACUGGGAAGUGAAACUGAAGGCAGCAAUGGCAAGAGAGAUUUCGGGAGGGAAGAUUGUUAAAUCGUUGGAUAAUGACAGAAUAAAGAAGCUUACAGAAAUAUGUGCAUCACACUCUAGGCCAAAUAUACCAGGUGGCAAAAUUUCAGUAUCGGCAGAGUGCUUCUACAAAAGUGAAUGUCAUUUUAUUUCAAAGGAAAAAAAGGCUUGCAAGAACAUUCCUGCAGAAUACAACUCGAACCGAUAUUUAGACACACCAAGAUUGCAAACUGCAGAAUACAAUUAUGCAUCAUUGGAAGUGAUGGAAGAGCAGAAAGAAGAUUCUAUUGAAUCGCAGGUUGCAGUGCCCGUUGGUGAAUGCUGUGCAAGAGAGCCUGAAAUGUAUGCUGCUGAAUCAUCACUCGAGAGUCAAGUAGAAGCUGUAGGAGCAAAAGCCAGGAUGCACUUUGAUGUUGAGACACAACAUUUGUAUUCAGAAAACAUCAUGACAGAUGAAAGCUGCUGUCAGAUACAUGCCUCAGUGCCUGGCAAGAACAUGCUGACUGCUGCAGAAACAAUUGAGACAGAGCUUUUCUCUGAUGAGACACAUGUUGUAAUAAAUGCUGCUCCAUGUUUUCAUGAGGAAAUGGGAAACCCGCAACACAAUUUGAAAUGUGUUGGCAAAACUACUGAAGAGAAUGAACAAAUAAGUUUGAAGUGCAACAAAACAGUACAGUUCAUUACAAAUGGUGAAGCUCCACAUAAACAUAGCAAUCAUGUAUUACAAAAGCAUGUUAGAAGUAAUUCCAGUGAUUGUGUGCAUGAAGACACUAGGUAUGUGCAGAAUACAAGUCGCCCAGAAGGAACCGUGGAGUUGGAUGGUCAAGCAACAAAACAAAACCAUACCAAUGUCCUGACUGAAAUUAAUGAAGAAUAUCAACAGAUAGGUUCAGAAGUGGAGGAGAAAAUUCAGCACAAUGCGUGUGAGACAUCACCUGAAGUUUCAGAGAGACGAGAUGAAAAUGUGGAAGAACUCACCAACUUUAAUCAUAAUGUUAUCACAUCCAGUCAGAAGUAUAAUACAGACGAGUUACUGCAAAUCAAUGACAAUUCUCAUUCGUUGGAUGAACUUGCAAAAAGGAUUCAGAUAGAAGAGAGUAUCCACCCAGAAGGUCUUGUUUCCAUACUGAAGAAAGGAAAUUCAGACAAAGAGAUCAGACAGACACAACAGAAGCAGUCAAAGAGACGAGUAAGAUUUCAAGAUCCCCAAGACACAUUUGAUCAGGAUGAAGGAACUGGAGAUUCCUGUCUUCUCUUAGUCCUGCUGUGUAUUGUCACAGUACUUCUUAGCGUCCUAGGAACAGCACUUUAUUGUACAUUUGGAGAUCUGGAGUCCAGUGUAUGCAGAGACUUUACAACACAGAUGGAUUUUUACUAUACUCAGUUCGAACAAGGCAUAGCAAAAGUGAAGCACUGGUUGUUGUUUUCUUAAAUAACAGUAUAUCCACAUAUAAAUGAAAUCAUUGUGUAAAUAGGGAUUCAGAUGGACCACAAUGAGCAGUUAAUCAUCUUGAUGCUCGCACUGCAGUGCACUAACUACUGUGGAAUGUAACUGGCAUUAGGUCACAACACAGGAACUUAAAUAAUGAAACUUCAGACCUCAACAAAACUCGUAGCUUGUUGACAUGACUUCCUUUAAUAGCUUGAUACACAGGGAAGACUGAAUAUACAACACGGUCAAUAAUGUUCGCUGACUACAUAUGAAUAGCAGGCUUGUCAAUCAUUUUCAGAAGAAAUUAGUUUUGUAUAAUUUGCUUGUUAGGAUACUCUGCACUUAAGGAUAUAAAAAAUUGGAUUCAUAAUUUAUCAUGUGAAUGAGUUACAGUAGAUAAUUAUGCACUUGAUUUUUGUUUCUGUUUUUACAUUGCUCUUUUGAAGAAAAAUCAUGUAUCUAUAGGUUUUGAUUUUUAUUGGUUAGAUUCCUUCACCCAUGUCUCUUUCUCAAUUAUAACUUAUAUCAUUAUCAGUGAUUAUGCCAUCUGUUAAUCUUACUUAGUUCACAAUCUAUUUCCUUCUGCAGUUUAAAAAAAAUGCAAAUAUAUAAAUGAAUUAAUUUUUGAGAAGAUUAUUAUUGAAGGUUAGAAAUAUACAUUGUCAUUGUUCAUGUAGCCAUGUGUUAGGAUAUUCACGUGAGUAUUGGUGCAUCAUUUUCUAUUAUUUGCUGCUUUUACUUACUGAUUGGUCAAAUAUAAUAAUUCUGAUUUAAACUCUAGGAGUGAAUGUAAAUUAUAACUUUGAGGCAGUCAGCUCCUUCAUCUAUAUGUUUAUUGUUAAAUUAACUUUCAUUUCAAACAAUGGGAAAAUAGUUGUUAAAAUUUGUUGUGCUAAUGUUGUGCUUUGUGAUGCAUUCUGAUUAUUUUGUUAUAUUUACAGAAGUAGAGUAAACAUUCAGGACAUUAAGGGGAGGUCAUUUAAGACUGAGGUGAGAAACCUUUUCACCCAGAGAGUUGUGAAUUUAUGGAAUUCCCUGCCACAGAGGGCAGUGGAGGCCAAGUUACUGGAUGGAUUUAAGAGAGAGUUAGAUAGAGCUCUAGGGGCUAAUGGAGUCAAUGUAUAUGGGGAGAAGGCAGGCACGGGUUAUUGAUAGGGGACGAUCAACCAUGAUCACAAUGAAUGGCGGUGCUGGCUCGAAGGGCCAAAUGGCCUCCUCCUGCACCUAUUUUCUAUGUUUCUAUGACAUUAUUGUUUUCAGACCUACUGUCAGUGAAAUGAUCCACGUUAACAUUUAUAAUUUCUCAAUAUAGUAGAUUCUUGCCUCAGCAAUGUUGGGAGAAAAGGGAUAAUCAAAUGACGAAGAAUGUCUAAAUAAAGGCUGAUUUCAACCAAAAGCACGAACUUGGUGAAAUUAUCCUGGCUAUUUGCUUACAUCAUUCUGGGCAGUAUUACUUAUGUUUGUAAUUAAGGUACCAGCCCUCUAGCAAAUUUACCAAUGGACUAAUUUCACUGAACUUUCAUAAUUACAUCUAACUUAUGUGUGUUGAACGUUUGUGUUCUGCAAGAUAAAACUUUUUCUCAGGUUGGUAUGUUUUGAUUGGCUUUGUUGUAUUCUAAAGUUAACUUGAUUUCUAUUUUAAGGCAGGGACACUGUUUUCCUUGCUGAGUCCUGGUCACAAAAGUGUGCUGCAGCCUCAGGCUUCCAAUUUGAAUAGUCUUAGCAGGAAGAGGUUUAAAAGUUAAUUUUGUUAUUUAUGGAGGUGCAUUGCAUCACAAAGCACAAUAUUGUAACACAUGCACUAUAAUUUCAUAGCUGCAUCACCUUCAUUGUAUGAAAUAUCGAUCUUGUAUAUUAAGAAAUUGCAAUUCAAACACAUAGAAUCAGUUUAUUUUAGAAAAUGGGAAAUACAUUUUGAGAACAUAAGAGCAGGUCUCUAUCCAAAUGUAUGCAUAUACUUUUUAAUAAUGCUUGUAGAAAAUAUUGAAUAAUUAUCUCAUCCUCAUUGUCACUGCACAUACUUUAAGUCAUGCUUUCUUUACAGAUUUCUAUCUUCUAAUUUGUUGGCACCUGCAAACAUUAUUUAUUUCAAUCAAUUACACAGUGAUAUAUUCGGUUGGUCAGUACUAAAAGAAAUGUUAACAUUUAAUGUUGUUUUGCUGUUUACGGUUUGAUUUUUUCUCCCCUUUGUAAAACAUGCAUUAUUUCUGCAUUUAACUCGUUGUCACUGGUAGUUAACAGAGAGCAGUCAUGAUUAUGCUCCUCAGAUAUAAACUUAUUUCUAGAAUAUUGAACAACACUGGCAGACUGAACUAGGAAGCUUGCCAGUGAAUGGUCCUCAGACUGAAUGGUAUAAUCACUUGAGCUUUAGGAAAGGGCCUUAAAUUUUAGCAAAAGAACUUUUAACUUUUAUGUCUAAAGUUGCUAACUUUAAACGUCAACUAUAAUAUAGUGCAUAAUAAAAGGCACUAUACAAUAGCCAUGAAUUACUGGCUGGUUCAGUACACAACUAUAAAUUAAAGAUAUGGAACUUAAUUUAUUGAAUAUAGAUUGUAUGUAGAGCAAAUCAUUUGGAUUUAUAUUCUUCCUGUUUUUGUAAAUUCUAGCAUGUAAAAUUUCAGAAAUCUAAGAUUUGAACUAUGUAAUCCUAGGUUACUGCAGCUGAGUUCCUAAUCUGUGAAUCAUUUAAACAUUUCUGUUCAUUUUGUAUUGUGGAAGACUUUUGGGAUUGUUCACAAGAAAUGUAUAAAUGUAAUCACAACCAUGAUAUGAAGCAUAGUAAUUGUAUCACUGCAUUGAUUUGAAAUGCAAAAUGACAGAGAAUUGUAAUUUGAAGACGAGCUGGUUGUAAAGUGUUUUACAUGAUUUCCAUGUAAAUUGAUCAUGCAUUUUAAGAUUACAACGUGUGCUUUGAAUCUCUUACAAAUAGAAAAUAGUGUUAAACUUAA